GGUGCGGGGGGGGGAGGGGAGCACAGUGCGCAAGCGCCUGUUUCCUACCGCGGUAUUCAUUUUGUGACGGAAGCAACUGACCUUGCUGCGGGUGCCCUCCGAGCAGAAUGAAAAGGGGGGGGGAGAGGAGGAAAGGCGUGGUAAAUUAAAUUAUUAAAUGACCUGUGUUUCCAGCCACAAAGUGUGGAUUGGUGCACUCGGAGCAGGUUCCCUCAGAAAUAGGCUGCCUUUCUUCUCAUAAAGGGGCCCAUGGUGGUUCAUGGUAUUAAUGCUCCAAAUUAAGCCCUGAGAAUACUGCUGUGAAGUAAACGUUUAUGAUAAAUUGGUGUUGACUCCAGAAGAGUUUGCCAGAUGCUGGAACAAAUAAUGCUAAUUGGAAAGGUAUCUUUUCUGAUUUGUUGAAAACUUCUGAAAUCAACUAGAUUGCAGGAUGCAUUUAUUUUUAUUAUUCCUUUUUAAUGGAAUAGUCCCUGGCUUGAGUGGUAAUUAUCCUUAUGAGAGAGUACCCAGGUUACUUCUUGUAUCUUUUGAUGGAUUUAGAGCUGAUUAUCUGAAGAAAUAUGAACUUCCAUAUCUUCAGGAUUUUAUUAAGGAUGGUGUAUUAGUAGAACAUGUCACCAAUGCUUUCAUUACAAAAACCUUCCCGAAUCAUUACAGCAUAGUCACAGGACUGUAUGAGGAAAGCCAUGGGAUUGUUGCAAAUGAAAUGUUUGAUGCUAUUACAAAGAAAAAAUUCUCACAGUUCAAUGACACCGAUCCUUUCUGGUGGAAUGAAGCAAUUCCUAUUUGGGUUACAAAUCAGAGGCAGGAGAACAGAGCAAGUGCUUCUGCAAUGUGGCCUGGCACUGAUGUAAAAAUUCACAAUUCUACUCCUCAUUUUUUUAUGAAAUACAAUUCUUCAGUAAGUUUUGAUAAACGCGUAGAUAAUAUAAUUUCAUGGUUGAACAGUUCUAAUCCACCAGUGACUUUUGCUACUCUUUAUUGGGAAGAGCCAGAUGCAAGUGGGCACAAGUAUGGCCCAGAAGAUAUCCAAAACAUGACUAAAGUAUUAGAAGAAGUGGAUAAACUUAUUGGCUUGCUUAUUCAGAAACUUAAGGCUUCAAAAUUGUGGGAGGAAAUUAAUGUCAUCAUUACAAGUGAUCAUGGCAUGGUUCAGUGUUCCCAGGAUAGGUUGAUCAAUCUGGAUGGGUGCAUUGACCGUAAUAGCUAUAGACUGGUUGACAAGAGUCCAGUUGCUGCAUUACUGCCACAAAAUGAAACAGAUGCAUAUAACUCAGUGAAAAACUGCAGUCCUCACAUGAAAGCUUACCUUAAAGAAGAAAUUCCAGAGCGAUAUCAUUAUCAUCACAGUAGGCGCAUUCAGCCCAUAAUUUUGGUUGCAGAUGAAGGCUGGACAAUAGUACAAAGUGAGAAUCUUCCAAAGUUGGGAGACCAUGGCUACGACAAUACUCUUCCAAGUAUGCAUCCAUUUUUGGCAGCUCAUGGACCUGCUUUUCGCAGAGGUUACAAACAAAAGAGAAUGGGUAUUGUUGAUAUUUAUCCAAUGAUGUGUCAUAUCUUAGGUUUGACACCUGAGCCCAAUAAUGGCACCUUGAGUAAUGCCAAGUGUCUGUUAACUGACCAGUGGUGCGUAAAUAUCUCUGAAGGCAUUGGAAUAGUGAUUGGUGUCUUUAUGGUGUUGACUGCAUUGACAUGCCUUAUAAUAAUAAUGAAGAACAGAAGACCUUCUGUGCAUCCAUUUUCACGACUCCAGCUGCAGGAUGAUGAUGAUGAUCCUCUAAUUGGAUAACCUGUGCUGACCUUUGUCUUCAUUGCGUACACUUGAUAACUUUCAAUGCACUUUAAUAAUGAUCUCCUCAAAAUAAUGCAGAACAUCUCCCAUCAAGAACAAUGAAAUGUUGACUAGAACAUAGGAAAAGCUGUUAGUGUUAAGCUUUCUGUUAAUAAAGUGGCAAGAUUGAGAUUCAAAUGUUAGUGGAUGCUGCUGCUUUUGUAGAAUUUCAGACACCUGAAAUGUAAAAAAUUAUAAACAGAUAAAUCCUGGAGAUCUUUAUAAGGUGCAUGGUAGUUGUGGAAAUGGCGAUACCACUUUUUUGUGUUUUGUAUGUAUGUGGUGCUGUAAGAGGAACAGUUGCAGCAAGCACAAGCCAUUUAGAUUAGACAACUAGAACCAGUGCCCCAGAAUUUGAGUUCUUAGUAUUUGUGUGCAUCAGUCUCUGCAAACUUCAAAUACAGUUUAAACUAUUGUGUUUCCAAAAAUUCUAGAAAGGUCAGUGGCAGCAAUUGUCCUCAUCUAGUAUUGAGUACUCAAAAACUGCAUGUCAAACUGGCUGUACAGUUCUGCCUAAGAGUUGUAUUUUCUUCUUUCUAUUUUUCUACUUUAAACUACCAGCUAACAUGUGCAUUACUUACCUCUUAUGGUUCUUUUUAGAACAGGUUGUCAACCCCCAGUCUGCAGCCUGGUGCCAGUCCAUGGGCUUGCCGGAACUGGGCCGCGGAUAUGGAUCUCUGCCCCUGCACUCACACAUGGUGGGCAUGUCAUGCUCAUGCAGGGG